CACAGGUUUCGCUAAACCCCGUGACUCACGAGCCCACUAGACUUGUAGCGAAAAUGUUGGAGGAUCGUGGAAAAUGCCCCAGUCUUUGACAACAAAGCUUAUACCGGCCGGAGCAGGACAGAAGAAUGAAGGGGAAAUAGAAAGGAGAAAAAGAAAAGAAAGAGGCAAAAAAAAGUCUAGCGACUGAGUGGGAAGACAAGGGAGGGGCUUGGAAAGUAUCAACUUGUGUGUUAGCUAGCUGUUGAGGCGUGCUUUCACUGCACACCAAGCCAACUGAAUGGGACGGUUGUAAGACAUAUCAAGCCUAUAAUUAAGCCAAGCAGGACAGAUCUUUGGUAGGGGGCAUAAGUUUCUCUAUAAAUACCUGUAGUCUUUGAAAGUGCCGGACAAACAACAGUAGGAAAGGUAUCGGCACCUUUUGAGCGCAGCGUUUUUAACCGCGCUUCUUCUUUCCGUGCAAAACGCCCCUUACACACAUCUGCAAAGGAGCACAAACGGAGGAGAGAGGAAAACUGAAAGAGCACAGAAGUUCCUUUAAAUAUGAUCGCGGUGCUGUUCCUUGUUCUGCACAUUCCUCGCGUGCUGUCUUCUGCGACACAGGUGGCGGCCAUCUUCCCCCAGGACCCUGCUCUGCGCAUCGGUUCCACACUGACAGCCACCUGCUCGGUGAGCUCUGAGCUGGGCCUGCAUGCCAGCCAGCUCUUCUGGACCCUGAAUGGGCAGCGGCUACCCAGCGGCGCCUACAGCGUGGCGGGGCCCACGGAGCUCACGGUCACGCUGCCCCGCCUCAGCGGCUCCCGACAGCCCUCCGGCGACAACCUGGUGUGCCACGGCGGUGGGGGGCACGUUCUGGCCGGUUCCUGCCUCUAUGUGGGCAUGCCCCCCGAGAAACCAGUGAACCUAACCUGCUGGUCCCGAAACACAAAAGACCUCACCUGUAAGUGGGCCCCAGGUGGACAGGGAGAGACCUUUAUAAGGACCAAAUACAGACUCAAGUACCGUCUCAGGUGGUACGGCCGGGAGAAAGAGUGUGAACACUACGGUAUGGGACAACUCUACAGCUGCCACAUCCCCCGAGACCUGGCCCUCUUCACUCCCUAUGAAAUCUGGGUGGAAGCUUCUAACCAGCUGGGAACGGCCACCUCUGACAUCAUCACCCUGGACAUCCUCGACGUGGUGACCACAGACCCCCCCGUAGAUGUCCACGUCAGUCGGGUGGGGGAGCUAGACGAUCAGCUGAGCGUACGAUGGAGUAACCCCCCUGCCCUGAAGGACUUCCUCUUCCAGGCCAAGUACCAGAUCCGCUACCGACUGGAGGACAGUACAGACUGGAAGGUUGUGGAUGACGUCGGCAAUCAGACGUCCUGCCGGCUGGCUGGCCUCAGACCUGGCACGGUCUACUUCGUCCAAGUGCGCUGCAACCCGGUGGGCAUCUACGGGUCCAGGAGACCCGGCAUCUGGAGUGACUGGAGCAGCCCCACGGCCGCCUCAACGCCCCUUAGUGAGCGGCUGCUGAGUGGGUCAUGUGACCCCAAGGUGGGCGAGCAGAACGCCACGCUGCGCCGGGAGCUGAAGCAGUUCUUCGGCUGGGUGCGGAAGCACACGUACGGCUGCAGCGGCGUGACCAUCAAGCUGUACGACCAGUGGCGCGUCUGGCUGCAGAAAUCGCAUAAGACGCGCAACCAGGUAGAGGCUACACUGAGCUGCAGGCUGCUUCCAGGCUCAAAGUUUGUAAGACAGCAGUACAGAAGAAUAAGGUGAAGCAGGAGACACUGGGAACGACCAGAAAGCAGGCAGAUUCUACAAGGCGAUAAGUUAUAGCACACUGAAGAAAUACAAAACACUAGAAAAAGAAAAAAAAUAAGAAACUUAGAGGCUUGUUUGCUGAGAGGGCAGCGAUCACAUUGUGCUGGAGGCUACGGGUCCCAUUCACGGCAAUCUGACUGCAAAGGGACACUGCAAGGGACACUGUGAAAACCAAAUGAUGGCAGAUGCCCGCUGCCCAGAAACCCCACUGCCAGCUCAACACAGGACUCAGGGUGCCCUGGACGGUGGGAAAAACGUCCAGUGUCCACUGUCCUACAGUGGGACAGUUAUUGGUGCUUGAGGGGCCAUCAGCGUAGAAUGAAGCUAAUAAAUGACUCUAAUAUUUAAACCGGGAAAGGUUCUCUAACACUGACAGUCUGUCUGGUGCUUCAGUGUAAAUGUAGUAUUACUGAUUAUUUAUCAUUUGAAUCACAAGUCAAGUGCAGUGGCCGCACGGCACUGCGGAGGUCAGACUGUGCCAGGCGAGUGUGGCUUGCAGUUGGGUGGAGGCUGGUGAGGGCCGGGGUACUUGAAGACGUACUGCGAUUGCCAGUGAUGAAGCAGAGCCGCAGGUGUGUAGUCGCUAACGAGCACAGGCGAGUCUAUAGCGAGACCCCGUUGGAUUCACCUCGCACUAUCGCCACAGCCGUUUGUGAGUCAUGAAGUCUGCUGGGAAAAGGCGAGAGGGCUGCGGUCGAUCAAGGGCACUGCUUUGAGAUGCCAAGAGAGGAGGCACAAGGAGUACAUGCUGUGGUAUUGCAGUGCCUCCAUACUUAACUGAUUUCCUUCAAACAGAGAAGACUGCCAUACCUCACGAGGGCUAUAUUGCGAACUGCAUUCAAACUAAUGCGAUUUCUACAUGGAAAAUUCCCGCAAACACAUCAGUUACUGCCUUACGACCGGCAGUAGUUUUCUUAAUGCUACAAUCUUUAUACCACUUUAUUUAAAGUGGCCCGACCAAGAGGAACAACAAUGUCAGGAUUCACCUAAAGCCUCAGUCAAUCCACGCAUCACUAAAUACAUUGUGAAGGCCCGAUAAGAGAGACUGGCAAUAGCUGAACUGUCUAUCCCCGUCUCCGGAGGCUGUGAUUGGGCGAUGAUGCAGAAACCAUGAUGUCAUGCAAGGAACGGAAGCCUGUUUGACUAUUCAGUUGAAAUUCAGAAUGCUGUGCUGUAUCAUACCUUGUGUGAAUAACUGUUUAUAUUAUGUAUUGCCUUUAUUUUUUUACCAAAUUGUAUCAGCAUAUUUAAAAAUCUAAUUAUAUGUCCUUUCCUAAGUUAUGCAUUGGUUACAAUAUUGCGAGUGAUCGUUUUAAUUGUUCAAUAAUAAUAGUUUAUUACAAAA